AUGCCUGGCUUUCCAUGGCCGAAUCCUGAUUGCCGGGUGUGUUUCGUCGACACGUCUGGGGCGGGAAGCGUUGAGGACAAAAGUGGGUUCUCCUGGUUCAAUGCGAUAGAGGCCAAGAUAGCCGUGGACGUUCUGGAAGGACUGUUCAAAGCAGGCAUGAAUCCAGAUGACGUGUGCGUCUUGACACCAUACGUCGCGCAGCGCCGCGCAAUUCUUGGCGAACUGACAAACAGGAAGUGGCGAGGAUCGGUGCUGUCAUCCGUGACUGUGGACACUAUCGACGGCUACCAGGGCAUGGAGAAGGACCUAGUAAUCUUCAGCGCAACCAGGAGCAAUGUCAAGCGUGAGCUGGGUUUCGUGGCUGACGCUCGCAGGAUGAACGUCAUGCUCACCCGCGCCAGGCGUGGUGUCAUUGUCGUCGGAGACAGCGCGACCCUGGGGAACUGCACCUCCGCCGACUCGAAGUGGAGCGACUGGAUCGAGUGGGUCGAGGGCAAGGAGUCGGUCGUGCGCUGCGCGCAGGGCUCUCUUCGGCUGCCCCGGCCUGGCACCACGAAGGCCCACGGCGGCGGAGUGGCCCCGGCCCGGCCAGCAGCUGGCGAUCGGCCACGGCGACCCGCGGAGCCGGCGGCGCCAGUGGCGGGCCAGAGCGAGAGGGGCGUUCGCCGCGAGGCUUGCUCCCCCGCAGGCCUCGAGCUGGCGCCUGGCUGGGGCAGCGCAGUGGAUCCUGCGACGGGCAGGACGUACUAUCGAAUGCCUCGGGCGAGACCAGCUGGAGCCAGCCGGCGCCGUCGACCACCUCCGAGAGACAGGACUCGGGUCAUCCCUCGUUGCCACACGCCCGAAGGUCGACCUGCCUCCUGGGUGGGAGAGCAGAUCCUGCGACCGGUGGGACAUACUUCUUCCACCAGGCCACGGGGAGGUCCUCGUGGACGGUGCCACAGAUGA